AUGGAGGAGCAGUUGUUUGAUGAGGUGAUCAUGGCAGCUAUAACACAAACUCCAAACAUUGAAAAAAUCCAAAACGAGAUUGCUAAGAACUUAGGCCUGAAAUUUGAUGAGGCAAGCCUGGAUGCAAGGAGAGUUCAGCUACGUGAUCGACUCAAGAAACAGAAGAAGGUUCUUAUUAUUUUGGAUAAUAUUUGGGUGACAUUGGAUAUGAAUGUUCUUGGACUUCCUUCUAGAUUGGCCCAAAAAUGUGCAGAACUUCCAAUCGCCAUUGCAACAAUUGCAAAUACUUUGAAGAGUAAGAAAACUUUGUUUGAAUUGAGGAAUGCUUUGCAAGAGCUUAAAAGGCUUUCUUUCAGAAACUUCAAAAGCAAACAGGGUGACGUAUAUCCAACAGAGGUUGCAAAAGGUUGGUUUGGGCAGAUUCCGGUCAGGUUGAAUUCUUAUUUGGGAUCACUUCGGCUCUUAGUUGAUUUCAGAUUUAAAUAA